CUUGUUUUGGACCCCCAGGCAAGUCACGACAAAAACCUCUGCUCCCAGAGAGUCCCGAACGGUCUCGUUUCGUCUUCGAGGGAUCCGAAUCUCGCCCCAAUUCUCGAUCUCUUCCUCUCAAGUUCGACAAAUCCUGGUGGGUUGGUCUUCUUCUUCUCUACGAAAGUUAGUCGUCCUCUUCUGUCUUUUCGAUUUUUUCCACUUUGAAAAUCGAAAUCAACAAUAAUCUAAUCAUGGGAUUACUGUAUAGCUCUCUAUUGGAUCCUUGAAGCAAUAGUUCUCCAUUGUUAACUCUGCUGCACAACUCCUUGAUUCUCUCUGUUUCGUCUUCAAAAUCAAAACUUCAGUUCAAUUCCAUGGCGCCGAGAUGGAAAUGGAAAGGUGCUGAAGCAAAAGCUCUUGCAGAACCUAUUUCAAAUUCAGUCUCAGAGCUCCAGCUUUCACUAGCCAAAACAGAGUCCUCGGGUACUCUCUCGAGUUCCAAUGUGCUUCUAGCAGUUGAGCCAGAGCAAGCUGAGCUUCUCGACCGUUGUUGUUUUGGCAGACUCAUUCUAUCUGCAGAGAAAGUUAAGAAAUGGAUUCAGUUAUCGUUUGAAGAAGCUUUCUUUUUGUUCUACAAUCUCAAAUGCAUCAAAAUCUUUCUUCAAGGUCGUUGCUUGGAGAAUGAAGUAGACACAUGGAUGUACAUGAAAUCAAAAAGACCAAACUUUCCAAUGUUUUACAAAGCUUAUUCACAUUUACGGUCGAAGAACUGGGUUUUGAGAUCAGGGUUGCAGUACGGUGUCGAUUUCGUGGCGUACCGUCACCAUCCAUCUCUUGUCCACUCUGAUUACUCGGUUUUGGUUCAGUCUGGUGACAGUGAUCGGUUAAGAGUGUGGUCAGAUAUCCAUUGUACUGUUCGGUUAAGUGGAAGUGUUGCGAAAACGUUGCUGACUCUCUACGUCAAUGGUAACUUCAAAGGAGAGGAUCUGAAUCUACCUUUGUGUUUGGAGAACUUCACAGUGGAAGAACAGACAAUAAGUAGGUGGAGUCCACAACUUAGUCGUGAAGAUGAAACCACAAAUUCAAAACCAAAUGUUACCACUGUGAGUAAUUUGAAAACCCUUUGACGAACCUGUCCCUGUUAACUUUAUAUUUUACGUAUCAAUUUAAACUAAUUUCUUCUUUAAGAGUUGCAUACCA